CAAUGGGAAAAAAGUGAACAGAAGACAAAGAUAAUGGAGACAGUGGAAUUGGAAGGUGAAAAUUAAAUUAAAAAAACUUGUAUUUAAUUAAGUUAUUAUGGAAAGUUGUUGUGAACAGUAAUAAUGAUUAUGUGAUAAAUGUUCAAAGAAUUAUCUCAGUGCAAUGAUGUGGCAUCAAUAAAUUGAUAUAAUUGUACAUAGUUCCACCUAUGAGGACCCAACAUCUGAAGAGAGGCUGUGAAUGCUAAUCUCUCUCUGCAUUUUUUACCUUUACACUGUCUGUGGAAAUAUAGAAACCUUAAUGUAAAAGACUAAAGGCAGGUACAUAUAGAAACACAGCUAGAUUGCAUGAUUUAUUUCUAUAAAUUUUUUGAUAUGGUUAAACUAGCAGUUAUAGUUCCCUUUUCCUGCUUUCUUCCAUCCUUGUAGAUACGUGCCGUGAAAUGAUACAUGUCUUGAAAUGAUUAAAAACAAUGUACCACUCAUUCAACAUGUUGUACCAUAGGGUUAACAGAGGUGUAGAGGGGGGUCCAGGUUUUGACCAAGAUAGAACCAAUUGUUUCAUGACUAAGCUCAUGCUGACUAUGUAUACAGUGAUGAUCUGCAACUAGAAGUGAUUUGUUUUAUAGAAUAGAAUAGAAUAGAAUAGAAUAGAAACUUUAUUAAAGUGUCAAAAACCGUCUAGCCAGGGAACAAAUCCCUUACUAAUUUGGGGACACCAAUUAGGGGGGAAUAUACAAACUAAAAAAAAAAAAAAAAAAAAAAAAAAACUAUAUACAGUAGUAGGUAAAAUAUCUAUAGUUAACUCAUUAAGAGAUUUAUAGUAAAAAUACACAGAAGUCAAAAUGAACAAAGGCUACAGCCUGCGCAGCCAUCAUCUAAAAGUUCACUUAUAUUGAGUUGGCGUAUCUUGCUUUUAAACGACGUUAGGGUUGUGACGUCCCUGAUACUCUUGGGUAGUUUUGUCCAUAGCCUAGGCCCUAAAUAUCUAAUAGAGUGCUUGCCAUAGGUGACUGUCUCAUACCUAGGUAGAGAAAUCUGCUUGCCGCAGAUUGUAAUUACUAUUUGGUUCUUUAAAGAUGUUACUUAUAUAUGCAGGGCACAGUUUAUGCUUUACUUUAUACAUAAGGAUGCACAGAUCCUGUAAGCGACUAUUUAGUAGUGUUGGCAGAUCUGCCUUCUCUAAUAGUUGUUCAUAACUAGAAUUAUUAUCCUUGAAAACCGCUCUAAGUCCUCUUUCUUGUAGUCUUUCAAGCUUUCGAGUGUCACUCGCUUUACAAAAAAUGCCACACUAGGUGACAGUACGUGAGGAAUGGUAAUAUCGCGCUUUUGAAUAAUAUUAACUUAGAUUUCAUAGGAAUUAAAUUACGUAGUCUCAUUAGAACACCAAUUCUCUGGCUGGCUUUUUUUUACAGAUAGAGAUUACAUGCUCAGAGAAAUUUAGCUUAGAAUCUAACACUACUCCUAGAAGUAUGAUAUUAUCUUUAGUUUCAAUCACAACAUCAUUCACGCAAAUAUUGCUGUCAUUUUGAGUGAAGCCCAAGUUCAAAACUUGGUACUUUUUGAGGUUUCCCGCCAAUAAGUUAGAAUCGUACCACGUUGUUGCUAAGUUGGCACUAUCCUUUAACUGGGAAGUCACAGCUGCCUGGUCUGCUCCUGCGUGGUAAAUUUGAUGGUCGUCGGCAUACAUAGACAAGUUCGCUGUUAGGCAGUAGGAUAGGUCAUUCUGGAAAACAUUCCAUAACAACGGGCCAAGCGCGGAACCCUGAGGACAGCCACGACUCACGAAUCGACUCGAACUAACAUGACGGCCGAUCUUUACUUGAUAUUUCCGUUCAUUUAAAUAGCUGUUUAAAAGUUGAAUAGCGCUUUCCUGAAAACCGUACGCUUCGAGCUUGUUCAGAAGUAGUGGUGGGUGUAACGAGUCAAAUGCCUUUGACAUGUCAGUUGAAAGUAUGCUCACAACCUGUUUUCGAUCCCUCGCCAGUCUCCAAUCUUCUGCUAAAUUGAUUAAUGUUGUUUCGCAGCUGUGAGCUUUGCGAUAAGCGGAUGAGUGUUGGUAAAUGCGAUUACCAAAGCCAGAGUUGAUCUGCGCUCCAACCAACUUCUCAAGAACUUUACUUACACAUGGUAAGAGAGUUAUGGGCCGGUAGUUUUCCUUUGCAUUCCUGUCAUCCUUUUUGUAUACUGGGGCCCAAUGCCCAUACUUCCAUUCACUAGGCCAUGCAUUCUUGUUAAUACAAGAAUUGAACAAGGUGGUUAGUGGAGCGGAUAAUUCAUUAGCACCUGUUUUUAAAGCCUUUGAAGGAAUUCCAUCAGUGCCGGUGGCUUUGUUUAUGUUCAGCGAAUCGAGAACUGCAAGGACUUGUCCCUGUGUAACCAAUUCGAUUUCGAUGGUCUGAGUGGAAUUCCUAUUUUCAUGUUGUAUCCUCUGAACACAAGGAUGGUCUCUAAAGUCCUCUAUUGACUUUCUUUCAAUCGCUGUACCGCCAAUGCCAUCCGCCAAGGUAGCAAAAUGCUCAACCAAUUCCUCAGCCACUUGUUGUUGAUUCGUUAUCAUACUGCCGUUUAUUUUUAUGUGGAUGUCGUUUCUUUCAGUACAGCUCUUAGAGCCCAAAAAUGGCUUGAAAGUUUUGAAGAACGCCUUGGGAUUGAUUUUCAAAUCGUUUGACUUAUUAUACCAGUACUGUUUGAUGGCGAUUCUUCUUUGUUUAGUGGCCUCGUUUCUGGCUUUACGUCGUAAUUCCCAAUUUUCUGGCGUUUUGUCUUUCAAGUACUUGUCAUUUGCUUUGCGUUUAGUUCUAAUCGCACUUUUCCAAUGAGACGUCAUGUAGGGCACAUCUUUAUCACGCACACGCAUUUUUUCACAGGUGCCACUUCGUCCAGUAUAUUGUUCAUAAGUGCAUUCCACACGUAAACUUGAUCGUCGACGUCAUCAAACAAUUGUCCAACGUGCCAUGGGGCAGAGGACAAAAGCUGUUUAUAAUGUUCAGGGUCAAAGUUCUUAUAGCUCCUAAAUGUGAUGACCUUUGGUUUGUUGUGAUUUAUUUUCUGCUUCAGGACACCGUAAACAAGGUCGUGAUCACUUAAGCAAGGAUGGUAAUUACCAGAUAGCUGGAAGCUAUCCGGUCUAUUAGUGAGCAAAACAUCUAUUAAACUCUCUGUUAUAAUUAUUCAAGAAAUUUCCUAUUAUAUUUUCCUUUCUGUCUGGUUGUAUUCAUCUUUGGCUCCAAAUAUAAAUAAAAUAAAACAAGCCAAAAUAAAAAUUGGCAAGAUUUUAGUUGAAGGAGCUAUAAAAGAAAAUGUUAGCUGUAUUUGUGUGUGGGGUUUUUAUAAAAUGAUUUGAGGUGUGUUGUAUGGUUUUGAAUGUCAGUAUUUAGUGGUUGCCUCAUUAUUUGCUUUCUUUUAAAUCUGAUUUUAGGGGCCUCAUCUUCUGAAUUCCACCCCAUAAGUUCAACCAGUGAAAGUCCACAAAAUCAAGGAGAGCUGAAAAAAGGGAAACAGAAGACAAAGAUUGUUGAGAGAGAGAAAAUGAAAGGUGAAAACAAAAUUAAAAGAUGUAUUAGGUUGUUAAGGAAAGUUAAUGUGAACAGUAAUAACAAUUCAUUAUUUGACAAAACUUUGAAGGAUGAUCUCAAUGCAGUAAUGUGGCAUUAGUAUUAUUUUAAGAGUACAACUUAUGGGGAACAACUUACAGCGUAUCUGCAGAGAGGCUGUGAAUACUAAUCUCUCCCUGUACUUUUUGUUCUUAGAUACGUCACCCCUCACUGUAAAAUCCACCACUGGUCAUGGAAAAGAACUUAUAGGAAAAGCACAGGGAAGGAAAGGUGAACAGGAAGCUCAGUUUGAAUUAAUAUCUGUAGUGAAUAUGUUCAGCGAGUUCAGCUUUAAUGUCAAGUGUAAAGAAGUGUGCUUUUGGGAUUAAACAUUCAAGUUUUCUAGAAUCUGCAGGGUAAAACCAACUAAUUAUUUGAAAUACUCUUAGUUCUUGAUUUAAAAGAUUAAUUUGAAAGAAAUUAAAACCCAAUUUAGUUUCCCCUAAAUUUUGUAUUUAGGAUAAUUUUCACGUACUUUGUAGAGAUGGUCACAUGACUUGUUGGUUUGCCAUGUUAUCAUCUCUCAAAUGAAAGUUAACACCUUGAAUACUAAUAUUGCUAUAAAUAAUGUAAAAUACAUAAAUGUAAAUUAUUCCAAAUAUGAUUGUGCCUCAUUCUCUACUUAUGUUAAAGAUAAUUUGAGUUGGUUUGUGGAAUUAAAACAAUAUACUGUAUGUGUGUAUUUCAAAUAGGUGUUUUUAACAGCUUUUUUAAAUUUAUCCUUAUAGCUACAAGUUGGUAUGCUUAUUAUAAACUGUUUAUUAGAAGAAAUGCUAAUCUCCCUCUGUAUACCUUUGUUUUUAGGCAUGUUGCCUCUCCUUCGAUCUUCCAAGAGUAGAGAUGUAGAAGAGCUACAUAUGAAACUUCAAAUUAUGAAAGGUGAAUGAAAAAAUGCUGUUAAAUUGACUUUGAUGGUAAAACUAACCAAGAAUGUUAUUAAAUACAUUUAGUUCUCAAUCAAAAUAUGUUUUUUUAAGGAAAUUUCACCCAAUUUAGUUUUCCCUCACUCUGUGUUUUGCUAGAAGGGAAUAUUGAGAUGGUAGAGUCUGAAGAUGGUGAAAGAGUAUAUAAUUAUAAACUAAGUUCAGUGUUGAUCUUAAAUUAUGCCUUAAAAAACUGACAAUGGUGUAGUUUAGAUAGAUUUUGUACACAGUAUGUAAUCUGUCAAUUACAUGUUGGUUUGAGUUGUUAUCAUGUUGCUAUUAAAAGUAACACCAUGAAUUGUUCUUUGUACUUUUCCCCUUAAGGUUGACUCCCAUUACUAUGGACACCCUCGGGGCGAGAUUUAGUGUCUGUAAUAGCAAAAAGUUUGUAAUAAUUGGGUACAAGAGAAAUGAACAUUUGUUUUGUUUCUUAACAUAUGAAAUAAAGUUUCCACAAACCAGAAAAAGAUCUGGCUGUAAGCAGAAAAUUUCAUAUGAUCUUGUUUUAAUAUUUGUUAAAUCAUCGAUUGAUAUUCACCAAAUUGCUCGAAAAAGGGAAGAGAAACAUUAAAUGGAUCAUGUCUAAAAGUAAACACGAGUGACCACUAGUAACCACUAGUAAAAAAGCGAAAAAAUUAAUCAUUAACUAAAAUAAAAUAAUUGAUUAGAUAGAAAAAGAAUUGUUGCAAAAAGAACUGUAGGGCUGAUUUAGACAACAACAAAAAAAGUAUUUUAAGCUUUCUGAAUGACUAAUAAAAAAUAUAUAUUUAAUUUAAUCAAUAUAUUAAUUUAAUCAAUAGAUCCUUAAAACAUUUUUAAGAGUUAUUUUUUUCGGCAAAACGAUACGAUUCCGACAGCUUUGAAUUUUCGACUGAAGACAUAAGUCGCUGAAUCGUGCUCGGGCUAACUGUACUCAGCUUAAAUGAAACAUCGCAAGAGACUCGAUAGCUUUAAUGACUACUUUCAGUGACUAGACGUCAAUACAAGAUGAAACGA